UUUCGAAAGUUCAGGCUGCAAAGGCUUCUCUUAUAACAACGCUGAUUUAAUGUGCAUGGGUUGUGACAAAUUUUACGAAACAGAAACAAAUCUUGUUGAAAAACUAGGCAGCGUAUUUUAUGUCUCAAACAUCAUUGAUUGUGGUGAACCAUCUGUCUCGGACAAUCACGUGGUUCUCGGACCAUUUGACGGUAAUACACAAUCUGGAGCUGAAGUGUCCUACAGUUGUACUCCGUGCACGUUUUUUCCUGGCACGGAACCAGCUGUGAUCACGUGUCAGGCUAAUGCCACGUGGAGUAUACCAGUGUGCGUUUAUGGUCCAGAUGUUGGAAGGCUUCCAAAUGGUCAGCUGAUCCCUGAUGGAGCUAUAGGCUGUGCUGCGACGUUUGGUAACACAUGUCCAAGUGCUUCAAUAUCUGAGUCUGCGCUGUUGCUGGAUGGGUCGACCGGAAGUUGUUACUGUGACAGCGCGUGCUGCUCUUCAGACGACUGCUGCUUCGAUUCCACGUGCGAUGCCGAUGAUUAUUACGACUAUUAUUACCGUUAAAAAACGUACUACAACACUUGUAGGGGGUUUAUAAUAUCAGAAAGCUGUCCUAUUACAGAGAACAUGGUAAAACAUUCAAACAGUUUAAUAUAUAUAUAUUUGCCCUGAUGAGUAUAAACGAAACCGGUAGGCAAAUAUAAUGUUACUCAUGUAAUGUUGUUUAUUUUUUCUUUAUAAUAUACUUGAUCCGGUACAAACUUUUGCAUUUUAUAUAUAUAUAUAUAUAUAUAUAUAUAUAUAUAUAUAUAUAUAUAUAUAUAUAUAUA